AUGGAUACAGAGUUGUCGGUCUACUCAACAUUCUCCGAGGAAACCACCGAGCAAGAAGAUGAUAGUAUAUACUAUCCGGAAGGAGGUCUCCAAGCAUGGCUGGUGGUCUUCGGCGCAUGGUGCGCUAUGGUCCCAGCCUUGGGCUUGAUGAAUACUGCGGGGACGCUCCAUAUCUGGACCAGCACCCAUCAGCUCAGAGACUACCCAGAGUCGAGCUAUGGCUGGAUUUAUGGUGCAUAUGGAUUCUUCCUUUACUUUGCAGGAGCCCAAAGUGGGCCAAUCUUGGAUACAUGGGGCCCAACCUACAUCAUUCUUCCAGGGUCCAUCGGCAUGGUAGUAUCGUUGGUAUGCUUCAGUGUUAGUAAAGAAUACUAUCAGAUCUUUCUGUCUUUCAGCGUCUUGGGAGGAAUAUCGGCUAGUGCUCUGUUUACUCCGGCUGUUGCAGCAAUCGGCCAUUGGUUUAACGUCCGUCGAGCAUUUGUCACUGGACUUGCUUGCACAGCAGGUGGACUCGGAGGUGUGAUCUUCCCUGCAAUCAUCUACUUCAAUGCGCCAAAGAUCGGAUUCGGCUGGUCGAUCCGGAUCAUAGCACUCCUGAGCCUCGUCCUCUGUGCUAUCGGGUGUCUUCUGAUCAGGACCCGCCUACCCCUCGGCAAAGAAACCGGAGGCAGUGCGCUAGCAGAUUUCAAAGCAUUGAAAGAUCCCAAGUACGCCGUCACUACAGCCGCAAUAUUUCUUGCUGACUUCGCCGUGUUCGUACCAAACACAUACCUGUCUUCAUAUGCAGUCCACGUCGGGUUGAGCAACACGGUUUCAUACUUGCUGCUUGUCUUCCUGAACAUCGGACUGAUCCCUGGCCGUCUGUUACCGGGUCUAGCUGCUGAUCGCUUAGGGAGGUUCAACAUGAUGGUUGUCACCUCCCUUGUAUGCUCAAUAUUGACCCUUGCAUUGUGGUACAAGUCUGGAAGUAGCUUGGGCGCAAUUGUCUGUUAUGCCGUACUGUUUGGCUUCUGGAGCGGAGCUGCCAUGAGUCUGUCCCCGGUCUGUAUCUCACAGAUCUGUGCAACCGAGGACUACGGAGCGCGGACGGGCACAACGUAUACCAUCGCCAGUCUCGGCGUACUCACGGGGAUUCCGAUCGCCGGAGCAAUCAUCCAGCGCGAUCAUGGGCAGUACGGCGGGCUCAUCAUCUUCGCGGGUGUGCUGUAUCUCGCGGCAGCAGCAGUGUUUGCCUUAGCUCGGGGGAUUUGCAGGGGUUGGUCGUUGAAGACCCGGUUCUGACCAGGGUUCUCGCUCGGAGAAGAGCUUAGCCAGUCUCAGCCAUCCCGGGCCUGCCCCGUGCGUGGCUUAGCAGGGCUGAGUGGAAGCAUCACUGCGAUAAGCAGCGUACCAUACAUGAAAACAGGUAGUGCGGAGUUCAAGCAACAGCCUCUCUUGCCGUUAUUUGGUUUUGUUGACAGGUGGAAGGUUCCGUGUAACCGAAGCAAAAUAUCCUUCUAGGUGACAGUGUGUCCAAGGAGCAGACCAGCCCGUUAGUUCCCUAACUAGUGCCUAGCAUCCCUGUCGAGCUCAGCUCCGCGAACUCAGCGGUCUGGUCGUUGAGCCUCCAUAACAGUGUCAAUAGCAG